AUGCUUGCACUGCGCCAGAUAGCUCGCCAGCCUGCGCGGAGACGUCUGCCAUGCUCGCCAGUGUCGCUCGCGGCAUGGCGCACCUCUUCGACGCUGACCGCCCCCUUCACUCCGCCUCCGUUGCAACCCUCCCCGAUCCCGUACAUCCCGCCAGCGACAGCGCCGCAGCACCCGCACGAGUCGAGAAAGGUCGGCGUGCUCUACUACGACAUGCUCUUCCCUAUCCGCUUUGCGAUCUGGGACGUCCGCUUCCUCGUCUCGAAGCUUCAGCAGGAGGACUUGCUCGCCAAGGUCCGCGAGCUCGUGCCGAAGGAUCCAGAGUUUGACGUCAGUAUUGAGGGCGUUGACCCGAGGGCAAAGGACGGCGGGGCGUUCGUCAGGUUCAGCUUCACGGUGCCGGAGCGAAUUCGCAAGGAGAUCGAGGCAGAGAUGGAGGCGUCCGAGGACGGUGAGCCGGUCGACGAGGCAGUGAAGAAGACGAGGGCGAAGGAAGCUGAGGAGAAGGUCGCCGCCUUGAUCGAGAACGAGGCGCGGGAUGCGUUGCAGAAGAGCGGCUUCCGUCCCUGGUUCAGUCUUGGCCGGCCGUGUCGGGCGUUCUUAGUGCGAGGCAGGCCUUGGAUGGAGGACAUGAACCGCUUCCCGUCGCGCGAGAUCCGCGUUGAGUACGAGGGGAACGAGAUUCCGCAAGAAGAGUUGUACCAGAUCUUCCGUCCCUACGGCAAGAUUCACGACAUCAUCCCCUCGCCCAAGUCCGCCCGCAUCAUCUACACCUCGAUCCGCUCCGCCUCUGCCGCUCGCAACUGUCUCCACGCCGCCGCCGUCACGUCCACCAUCCCUGCUCCGCCCUCGCCUCCCGGAACGCCCCCUCCCCUGACCGUCAUGCGCAUCCUUUACGCCGAGAAGCAGCGGACGAACUACAUCUGGGACUUCAUGUCUUCGCACCCUCGUAUCACCAUCCCCCUCCUCGUCGCCCUGAUCGGCUCAAUCUCCUACCUCGUCUUCGACCCCAUUCGCGAAGUCUCCGUCCGCGCACACGUCGAGGGAACCUUCGACGCAAACCAGUGGCGCUUCGUGCGGUGGCUCAAGAAGGAGACGAUCGGUCGACUUGGGUUGGCGGGAAUCAGGGGACUCGAUGCAAAGGACACGGGAACGGGCAUUGAGAAGGAGCGGGAAACGGCGAAGGAGCAGCUCACGAACUGGGUCAACGACGUUCCCGACACGUUUAUCAUCGUCACCGGUCCGCAAGGCUCGGGCAAGACGGCGCUUGUCGAGGAGGUGCUCGGCGACGGCAAGAACGUCCUCACGAUCGACUGCAACCAGUUGAUCAAGGCCGGUCGCUCCGACACCAAGCUCGUCUCGGAACUCGCCUCGACCGUCGGAUACUGGCCUCAGUUCGUGCUCGCGAGCUCCAUCUCAAACAUGAUCGACCUCGCGUCUAUGGGCUUGAUCGGCCAGAAGGCAGGUUUCACCGCCUCACUCGACCAGCAGCUCAAAUCGAUUCUUGAAGUCACGGCGACGGCGCUUUCGUCCAUUGCGGCUGCGACUCGCGCACGCUCAGCGGCAGCCUUGGCCGCGAAUACGUCACAGAAGGAGGUUGUUGCGCGGCGCGAGGCUGUUGCAACUCAGCUGCGUACCGAAGGCGUUCGUGACGGCCGACUUGACGCCGUCGCGGGGAACGGCGUCGUGGCGGAGCUCGGUGGAGGCAUCGAAGGACCGGCUGCGGGAGUGGAGAAGGAAGUUGGGCCCGACGUGAAGGUCGAGAUCGUCGGGCCAACGAGCAGCAAGGUGGUGCGAGAGGCCGCGAGGGCGAGUGCCAUAGCAGAGAACGCAGCAUCGGGCGAAGACUCGGCUGCGAAUGCUAGUCCGGCAGUCGAGCGGCUGCCUGUCGUGGUCAUCAAGGGUUUCGCGGCGAAGGGCGAGGCGAAGCAGGAGGUGCUUUGGGAUGUCUUAAGCGAGUGGGCUGCGGUCUUGGUCGAGAACCAGAUUGCGCACGUCAUCUUCACAUCCGACUCGGUCACCCUGGCCAAACCGCUCGCUCGCGCCCUUCCCUCGAAGCCUUUCAACAUGAUCAGCCUGACCGACGCGUCGCCCGAAGCUUCGCUUCAGUACGUCUCGGCCAAGCUCGCCUCGUUCGAUCAGACUCUUCCCGCCGAAGCCUUCCCUUCAGUGGCUCGUCUCGGCGGUCGACAGACGGACCUCGAGCUGCUCGUGCAGAAGAUCCGCGCCGGCCAGACCGUCGACGAGGCGGUCGAGGACCUCGUGCAGCGCAACGCUUCUGAGAUCAGGAAGAAUCUCUUCGGCGACGACGAGGACGAGGCGAAGGGCUUUAAGUGGACGCGGGAUCAGGCGCUCGCACUCGUCAAGGGCUUGAGCGAGAAGGGCGAGCUCAAAUACAACGAGACGCUCCUCACUCUCUUUGGCGGCGACGACACCCCUCUCCGCGCCCUCGAAUCCGCCGCCCUCAUCUCCGUCGGUCACCUCAAUGGCCGACCGUCCGUUAUUCGACCCGGCAAGCCCGUCUAUCGCGCCGCAUGCGAGCGAUUGCUGCAGGACACGGCGCUCAAAGCGGCUGUCGACUUCCGCGCCGUAUCCGCCGCCAUCAAGGCUGCGAACGCCGACAUCUCGAGCGCGCAGGCUGAGCUGGUCGAGCUUUCCCGUCUCUUCACGAGCGACAAGGGUCGCUGGGCGUUCGGCGGCGGCAGUGUCGUCCCGAAGGAGAUCGAGGUGCGCGUCGGCCAGCUCUUGGCCAAGAUGCGCACCGGGGAGGAGAAGGCCGAGCAGCUCGGCGCCGAGAAGGCGAGGCUGCUUGCUAUCCUCAAGGAGACGGAGUAG